UUACCGCGGCAAAGGAACGAAAAACCUUACAUCAAAAAGAGAUAAAUUCUAAAAAACAAGCUGAAAAAGAUCAGAAGGAAACUGAAGAAUGGUCAGUAGGUGCAAAAGACGCUUCUAAAAAAGAAGCUCAAAGGCUAAAAAAAGAAGCACAAUUGGCAAAGAAAAAUGAAGCAGCGAGAUUAUUGGAGCAGGAAGAAAAGGAAUUAUCACAAAUCAAACCUUUAUUAAAACCAACAAAGAAAUCGGGUGAAGAUGUACUUGAACAAGAAUCCACAGAACGAAGGGAAAUUCCUGUAUACACUGCAUCAAAUAUAGAUGAUGCUUUGGAUUUGCUAGCUAUUGCCACAGAGACCUCAAGUUCCCCAGGUGUCGGUAAAACGGGAUUAUCAAAUAGCGUACCAAUGAGUGCUGCCAACAUUGAAAGGCAUCCGGAAAGAAGGUUUAAGGCUGCUUUUCGAGCGUAUGAGGAACGAGAGAUUUUAAAACUUAAAGAAGAUAAUCCUGGAUUGCAGAAUCCUUUCAAUCAAUCCAAUGUUUUGCGACAUAAUGCUAGCAAGGAAGAAUCUGAUAAGAUGAUCGAGGCAGCAAGACAGGAUAUAGAAAACCGGUUAAGAGUUUAG